AUCACCUCAUCUUCCCCUGUACAUCUGAGCGAUCUAGAGAAAAACACACACAUACACACACUCACACAUGCACAUACUCAUACAGGCCACAUUUUACAGGAAAUUUGCUCGUGCUAGAGUCGAGAAAAAAACAGCAAGUUGAAAUGCCCUCGUCUCAGUCGCAUGUGUGCAUAGGACAAUAAAGAACAACAGAAAGAACGCCAGAUUAUUUCCGAUAUGGAGCAAACUGGGAGUACAGAAAGAAUGACCACUACAGAGAUGAACACAAACAGCCCGUAUUAUAACUAUAAUUAUAACUAUGACACAGAGCCUUGCUAUGGCGAGAAUGAUUUGAACCCGACGAUCAUGGUGACCAUCUUCUACCUGGUCUUUGCCCUCGGACUUCUGGGUAACAGCACUAUACUGUGGAUGCUACUGAAGAUCAUGCGCAUAAAGACCAUGACCGACGUGUGCCUGCUGAACCUGGCCAUUUCCGACCUGAUCACGGUGUUUUCGCUGCCCUCGUGGGCACUUUACAACAAGGGCCAUUUAUCUGAAGCUAAUGCCAUGUGCAAACUCAUGGUGGGUACAUAUCAGCUGGGCUUCUACAGCAGUAUACUUUUCGUGACACUCAUGAGCAUCGACCGCUAUUUGGCCAUUGUCCACGCAGUGGCGUCAUUAGGAGCACGGAAUUUGCGUUACGCCGUCAUAGCCAGCAGUGUCAUUUGGACCGUCUCCUUCUGCGCCGCCCUCCCAGGCGCCCUUUUCCACAACAUGAUCAAAUAUGCAGAGAACCACACACAGUGUGAAUGGGAUAUCGAAGACGGAUCGGUCAGGAAUUGGAAACUGUUCCUGAAUUUCAGCCAGAAUACAUUAGGACUCUUCAUCUCGCUGCCAGUCACAAUCUACUGCUACAUCAGGAUCCUGCUGGUGCUCAGGAGGACAAAGAACUCCAAGCGAGGACGAGCCAUGAAGCUGAUUUUUGCCAUCGUCAUCGUCUUUGUGAUCUUCUGGGUGCCGUACAACGUGGCUGUGCUUUUUAAGUCCCUGCAGGACUUAGAUAUUGGCGAUUCAUGUGAAAGAAGCCACCACGUAAAUACCGCCCUGUCUGUGACCGAGACCAUCGCGUUAGCCCACUGCUGCAUCAAUCCCGUGAUCUACGCUUUCGUUGGGGAAAAAUUCCGGAAAUGUUUAGCCAGAGAGUUUUCAAAAUGGCUGCUUUGCGUAAAGAUUUACAAACCGGCAUCGAUGCAUUCCAAAACGUCUGAAAACGAAACAUCCAACACGCCUUUAUAGGAGGACAGUUUCCGAACUCUGUAUAUAUUUAUGGAUUUAUGCAAGUCGUGACUAAAUUCAAGAAUUUGCUCAAACUUUUUUUUGUUCUAAACAAUUUACUACUGUAUAUUAAUGUAACUGAGCUGCGUUUGCGUCUUGGGUUACUUGUUUCCUGGCGACCUUCCAAAAAACACACCCUAAGAGAUGGACAGAUUUCUAAUCGAGGGUGUUUCUUCCCAAAAUACGCGCUAUAUAAAGUACACCAGAAUAUCGCAGUUACUAAAAAGGAUCGAAAGCUUCCAUGUUUGGAAAUAACGUACUUUACUAUAUUAAUAUUAAAUGUAUUAUAUUAACAAUACGCAGUCAUAGGACGGCUAACAAGCAAUGGUUUUGAUUGACUUCGGUAUUAAGAAAAAAACUGUAACAACAAACAAACACAUUCACAAAUACAUUCAUGAAACAUCUUGUAAACUGAAAAUGCUAUUGGGAAUAAAAUAAUACUUUAGCGUU